AUGGACGGCAAUGGUGAUGGAGCUGGAUACACUCCCAAUAAAAACAAUCCGUAUCUGGAAUAUUUAUGUAUUUAUAACCCAGAUUUAGAUACUUCGGGUUCACAAUUAGAAAAGCAAGUCUUGUACUACUAUGGAGAACCUGGUUCAGAUUGUUCGAUAAACCAGCAAGUCAGGCAUAUUGGGCUUGCCCAGGGGGUUGUUGCUUUGACAAAUGAAUUUUCAAGUGGUAGGCCAUUGUCUACUAUGGAGGCUAGUAAUUCACGAGUGGUGGUAAAGCAAGUGGACGAGCCGAAUUUGUGGAUCGUGGCAAACUUCAAGUUUGGCGCUGGCACUUCCUCGGUUGAUGGCAAGAAUAUUGCCAGUGCUGACAUGCUGAUAUCACAGAUAUUUGCAGCAUAUCGACGAUGGCGAUUACAUUAUGGAAAAUUGUGUAGUGGUUCAGAUGAUUAUGAGGAUAUUGUGAAGAAUUUGAAACCAUGGUGGGACGCUUGGUGUCAUAAUUGGGUUGCUCUCCCGACUUGUAUUACCGAGUUAUUUCAAGCAGAUCAUAUCAGAUAUGCUAAAGGAAGAGUCAGUGAGACCACUUCUGAGGCUGUCAGUGCUAUAUUAGAACGAGAUAAUCAUCCUGCAUUAGUUCAAAUGAUGAUAUUGAGAAGCGAUGAUGGAAUCAGGCUCCCGAUAAGCAGACCUACUGUCGAUAACGAAACCAUAGCAGCAUGGGAGACUGGAUCAGAUGCUGUCUCUGUACGUUCGUCUAGAUCUGCUACUACAGCAUUGAUAGGAUCUUUAAAUAUCCAAAGUCCUAGUGUUGGAUCUGAUACUGGGUCGGACAGUUCAUCCCAAACACCAAGUCUAGCAAAUCAAUCACUCAAUAUCCCGCCAUCAGCCACAGGUUCUGAAACUGUUUCAAGCGGCCCACCUAUUCAAACAGCUCGUGAUGCAUCAAAGGGACCUUUAGACAGUAGCGGAUUUGUGUGGACGAAUCACAGAGCCAAUGGCCCAUCUAUUGACAGCUCUUCUAUUUGCGAUAUGGUCAAUUGGAUUCAAGAAUGUCUUGAUUGCAAUGAUAAUAGUGCGUUUCUCGAGUCUUCAGGAUAUGUUGCGCAUUUGAAUCCAGUUAACUAUAAGUUGCCUAGAAAGUCUGACAAAGACAACAGCCCAGAAAUUUUAUCAGGUUUGUCAUUCCCCUCCGGAACAGCGUUUGUGAAUGGUAUGGCGUCAGUGAUCCCAGCCAUGUCUUCGGCAGCCACUAGUAUGAGCACAGCAACUGUUUCGUCUAUGAAUCAACUAAUGGAUUUAAUGACUUUUAAAUCGAAAUCCAAAGCUACUGAGCAAACAGAGCAUAGCACAGCUGAAGAAGCAUCUGCAGACCAAGUUUCUAUAGAACAAGUUCCUUCUGAACAAUCCUCUCUAAUCCCAGAAUCCGCUAGACAAGAACUUCCUCGACGAAUUGUAAGUGAGCCCCCUACUCAUUCUAAGCCAAGAUCUUCAUUCUCUUCAUAUUUUGGAUCCCUAAAGAAAGCGCCUAAGAAACUACCGACGCUGAGUCCUUUUGACGAGCUCAGCGACUCGCGCUUUCUUAUUGGAUUUACAGGAGAUCUUGAGGAUGAUGCCGAAUACGAUACAGAUGAACACAAACUCGCAUUAAUGGUAACCUCUAAAAGAGUGUUUGUCCAAGUCAAUUCCGAAGAAAACAGCACAUAUGAGCCUUGUAGGGUUGUGAUUUAUAAACGAAGGCCGUUUGUAUAUGUGCUAUUAUACUUGGAAUCAAAACUACUACCAGAAAAGGAUCCAUUAGACUCUCCCGAUUUGUAUUUCGGUCUUCAUCGUAAACUGGCUUCUCUUUCAGAACCUAUAUACACCGACCUCUCGGCAGGUUAUCCAUUCACGAAUGAUGCAGCAAAGUUCUGCUAUCUUGCACAAGACCCGAUCAAAAUGACCAUCCAAUCAUCUCUACCACCAAUCCCCAGAGCUCCUUCUCCUGAUUUGGAGAAAUCUGAUUGGGAAAAGCUCACUCAAGCCCGGGCUGAUCUGGUACAACUGCAUCAGGCUCUUGGCCAACUAACUUUUGAAGCUCGUGAGUAUGAGGUCGAGCGAUUCAUGCGUACUAGCAGAGGCUGGUGGUUAUAUUGGACUCGUCUACCUGACGGUCGUAUAGCUAUGUUUGCCAGAAAGGUCACCAGUCGCGUAUCCAAUGGCCCAGAUUCCAGUGGCUUAUUGGCAGCACUUGGAAAAGAUGCAAGGCUAUGGUUAGAGGACUAUAAGUACCAUGGUAAGGUCUAA